UCGUGCUUGACAAGCAGCUCCAGAACACAGUCUGCAAGGUUAAAUCGUUGGAAGAGCCUUCAAGACCUACUUUCAGGAUGCAGAGACUGUGUGUACUUAUGAUCUUCACCUUUUGCGUGUCAGCUCUGGGUAACCACUUUCAGGAGAAGCAGUCGGAUUUUGGACUACGCGUUUUUUCAGAAGCUGCCCAAUCCCAUCCAUAUCAGAAUCUCAUUCUGUCUCCCUAUGGCAUCGCCUCAGUGUUGGGGAUGGCUCAGCUGGGAGCCUACGGUGCCACUUUGCAGAGUCUCAGAAAACACAUGGGCUACUCUCUGCAAGAUCAUAGAAUAUCACGUCAACAGAGACUUCUUCAGAGAGACCUAGCCAGUGAAGAAGGAGUGGAAGUGGUAAGUGCCAUAAUGGUGGACAGGAAGGUAGUCUUGGAGAAGGUCUUCCAACGUAGCCUAUCAAAGGCAUUUCAGAGUGUGCCACACCAGGUGGACUUCAGUUAUCCUGACACCGCCCUGAACGUCAUCAACUCCUGGAUGUCAAACAACACUGGAGGAAUGAUCCCAAAUUUCCUACAAUCUGGAGUGUUAAGUGAGCAGACACGUUUGUUGCUGUUGAAUGCGCUCCAUUUCCAUGGGCUUUGGAAGAACCGCUUUGACCCCAGACUGACUACAGAGGCGACCUUCUACACUGCUAAUGGCACCGCAGUGUCAGUGUCAAUGAUGAGAUCAACACAGAAGUUCAACUAUGGUGAGUUUGUUACAAAGGAAGGUAUUGAAUAUGAUGUUAUUGAGGUGCCAUAUGCUGGGGACUCACUGAGCAUGCUCAUCAUAUCAUCAUUUGAGUGGGAUGUACCACUUUCUGCCCUAACCAAAGAGCUGAGCAGCAAAAAAAUCCAGGAAUGGAGAGAGCAAUUGAGGAAGGUUAACCGAGAGCUGGUGAUUCCCAGGUUUUCUGUAGACACAGAAGUUGAUCUGAAGUCAGCACUGAACAAACUGGGCCUUGGCGACAUCUUCAGUCAGACUAAGGCUGAUUUCUCCUGCAUUACUACUGAAGAGCCAUUGUAUGUAUCUAAGGUUUUACAGAGAGUAAAGUUUGAGGUGAAUGAAGAGGGAACCAAAGGAUCCUCUGCUGGAGGCGUCAUCAUCUAUUCCCGCAUGGCCAUAGCAGAGCAUAUUUUGAACCGUCCAUUCCUCUUCCUCAUACAGCACAAGCCAACAGAUGCUGUGCUAUUCAUAGGUCAAGUGAACCAACCUCAGGCUCAUUAGCAAUCCCAGAAGGUCAAAGACUAAAAAGAUUACUGUAACUGUCUUCAAACAAAUUACUACUGAGCCAGUGCAGGUUUGGGAACAAGAAAAAGAAGCAAUAAUCUUAAAUGCAACCUGGAGACCCUACUAUAAAGUGUACUGUUAAAUAUCCAAACAAAUGGGUCAAUAAGUUUGAAGAAAAUUUCCUAAAUUUAAGUCCUUUGAUUGACUAGGUCUCAUCACUAACUGUCGGUAACUGUUAUAUAUCUGUAAGAACUGUAUAGUGUAGUGUGUAUGUGUGGUGGAAGACAUUGUAAAAGAUAUUUGUCAAUGAAGGAAUACACUUGUGUAUGUUAAAACAGCAAAUGUUACUAUUCUAGGAUUUUAUGGGCACUUUUAAAAUACAGAUUUAUAAAGUUUUUAUUAUCCCUCUAAUAAAAAAAGCAGUAUUAUAAAACAAUACUUUUUACCCUGCAAGGAAAAGGUGAUGUAUGAAAUUUGCUAAAGAAUGUUUUUAUUUCAUGAUGUUUAUUUACAUAUUAUAUUCAGUGCAAAGUUGUAUUUUUUUAAAAGAUUAU